AUGGCAGAAUCGCAAGAAGAACGUGUUUCAAGCGAGGAUCCUCCUUUAUGCACAUCACCUAGCCGAAAUUCAUUAAUGGAGGUCGAUAUAGUGGAACCUCUAGAGUGUGUAGCCUCUGACGAUUCAGAAAAUUUAUCAUACGAACAAGAAAACUUUGCCGGCGAUGUCGCAGGCCAUGCUCACGAGCCGAGCAAGGCCGCGCAGUUGUCGGAUGUUACAGAUGUUGGAAGUAAUGAGAUGGAGCUUGGUGAUGAGUUACCAGAUCAUGGUUGCUUACAAGAAGACGAGAUACCAAGAGUUGGAAUGCGGUUUGCUCAGUUACAGAUGGCUCAUGACUUUUAUGUGACCUAUGCAAAGAAAGCUGGAUUUGCAACUAAGAUAAGGACGACAACAUUUGAUAAGAUCACAAAGGCUCCCAUUAACCAAGCUAUACACUGUAAUCGCGAUGGGAUCCGCGAGUCUCGUGUUAAAGCACCAACGCGAAAGAAUACGAUUUCAGCUGCUGGGUGCAAGGCAAGGAUAUAUGUAAAGUUUGAUAAAGACAUGCAAGACUGGGUUUUGCUCAAGAUUGACUUGACGCACUCUCACCCCUGUUCACCGAAAAAGGCAGUGCACUACCAUGAGUAUAGGCAGUUGACCAUGCAUGCGAAGUGCGUGAUCGAGGAUAAUGAUGAGGCUGUGAUUCGACCAAACAAUACAUUCCUUGCUUUGUCAAAUGAAGCUGGUGGCCUCUCUAACUUGGGAUUCUCAGAGAAGGAUUUAAGAAAUUAUAUAACAGCAAGGCUCCAAACUAGCAACGUGAAUGCAGAUGUCAGGGAGAUGAUGAGCUACUUUAGGAGAAUGAAGGACAUCAAUCCGAACUUCUUUUACGCGGUGAAGUUAGACGAUGAGUGUAAAUUUAAGAGUGCAGUAUGGGUUGAUGCAAGGUGUAGGGCGUCGUAUGAAUACUAUGGAGACGUCGUGUCAGUUGACAGCACGUACAGUACAAAUAGGCAUGGAUUACCGUUUGUGUCGUUCGUUGGGGUCAACCACCAUGGUAGGUCGACCCUCCUCGGUUGUGCUUUGUUGGGUAAUGAAGAAAUCGGAAGUUAUGAGUGCGUUUUUAGCCAAUGGGUGAAGUGCAUGGGAACUGCUCCAAAGUGUAUCAUAACCGAUCAAUGUCGAUCCCUUUACCGUGCGAUCAAAAAUACUUUACCCGACACACGCCACCGGUGGUGCAUUUGGCAUAUUAUGAAUAAGCUACCUUCGAAGCUUGGGGGUUACCGCCAGUACGGAGCUUUGUAUGGUGACCUAAACGACAUUGUGUGGAACUCUCGGACGGAGGAGUCAUUUGAAGAUGAUUGGGCUGAUUUUGUAGAUGAGUACAACUUACAUAACAACACAUGGCUGUCAGUGAUUGUGGAUGUUCAUUUCUCAGAUCUGUAUGAUGACCGACGCAUGUGGGUCCCAAUAUACUUCAAGGGUGAAUUUUGGACAGGAAUGCGGAGUACGCAGAGGAGUGAGAGCAUGCACGCAUUCUACGGUGGAUACUUACACAGUAAAACUAGCUUGGUCCAAUUUGUUCAUGAAUAUGACAAUGUGCUUGGAGUCAAGGAGCAGAGGGAACUGGAGGAUGAUACUGCAGACUCGAGGGGGGGUUAUCCCUUGUGCAACUACCUCGCCUAUAGAAAAAUAGUUUUAGCAAGAGUAUACCACGAGCAUUUUUAG